GCGGCGGAAUGAAACGGAGGUGGCUGACUCAGUCUGCCCGCGUCCACUACUCAUCCGUGUCACGACACCGUCGACAGGGCUGCUUCUGUGUUUACACCCGGCCGGCGUAGGGCUUCCAAUGCGACGGACAAACGGUUCCUCAGUGUAACCAGACUCGGGACCUAAAAGGAUUCUUAACUAUUUGUACACAGGUCCACAUCUGCCUCCCCAUGCAGAACUCCAUGAAAUGAAUAAAGCACCACAGCCUAUAACAGGACCCCCCUCCAACCCCCACCCUGCCCCCUCCCCUGGCCUGUCACAGCCCUCAUUCCCCCCCGGGCAGCCCCCUACUGUUGUGUUUGCCACCCCGCCGCCUCCACAAAUGAACCCAACACCACAACCCCGACAGUUUGCCCCAGGGCCACGACCUUUACACCAACAGGGAAGCUUCCGGUCGCUACAGCCCUACUACGCCAACAGGGCCAGCCUACCCCCCGGUAGUGGGCCUCGUGGUGUCCCUCCCAGCAAUGCCCCUCGUCCUGUGACACCCACCCAUGUCUACCAGCCAGGCCCUGGCUCCCAAAUGAUGAUGAUCCCCGGGCAACAGCUGUCCUUCUCCAGCUCACCACAGGGACCUGCCUACUUCAUACCGGGACAGUACCGGUCGGCAACCUACGUGGCCACACCCCAGCAAUACCCAGUCCCAGCAGGCACCCCAGGCUUCUACCCAGGCACCAGCCCAGCUGAAUAUGGUACUUAUGCAGGGGCCUACUACCCCGCCCAACCUCAGUUCACCCCCUCGGUGCAGGCGGCACCCGUGAUUAUGAACCCUGCCCCUCAACAGCAGCAACCACCACCUCCGCCUCCCCAGCAUAUCCCCACCAAACGGGAACGCAAACAGAUCAGAAUAAGAGACCCUAACCAAGGAGGUCGAGACAUUACAGAGGAGAUUAUGUCAGGGGGCCGAAGUGGCUCUACCCCAACCCCACCACAGACAACCAUAUCUGGAUCAGAAAACACAGCAGGGGCACAGGCCAAUGGUGAGAGCGUCACAGCUGCCGCCACACCAGCGCUGAUCAGACCAGAUGACAGAGGUAAACCUACGCCUCCUCCUCUGUCAAAGACCUGCGCAUCUGAACUUUCUAUGGGCGAGCCGAUCACCACAGAGGCUGCAUCCUCUGACACGAACACUGAGUCCGCUGCACCCCCUCUACUUUUAGAAGCAGGAGACUGCCCUCUUAAUACUAUUUCCACACUUGCACCCAGUGCUCCUGUUGCAGACGUGAUGGACGCUCCCCCAACUCCAAGGGAUCCCACUCCUACACCUCAAUCAGCACCUGAAGUGCCAGCCUACCCGGCACCCCUCCCCGCCUCUACUGCACAAGACAAAACCAACAAGAAAGCUGCAGAGGAGAAGGAAGAGGAGGUGGAGAUGGAGAAAGAGGUGGAGACUGACACAGAAGAGGUAGCUGCCUCCCUCGACGCUCCUCUUCCUCCUCUUUCCACAACUAACGGUGUUGUAGUGGCUGAGCCGGAACAGCCAUCGGUCGCGUUGCCACCCAGUCACCUGGAAGCUCCUCUGGAGUCUCCCAUUGCACAGCCCGAGGAGCUCCGCCUUCCCAACGGCCUGCCGCUGCCAGCCCCUCAAGACCCUGAGGCCCCUGUCAUCAGUGUAGCAGAGCGUGACGACAGUCCCAUCGCCGAGCCUGACGUCAGCCAGCAAUCUGCCAUACAGACUUCUACAGCCAUCACAGAGGCAGCGCCUACUCCUGCUGUCCAAGCCACACCUGGACCUGUUGACCAGUCUGCACCUGGACCUGUUGACCAGUCUGCACCUGGACCUGUUGACCAGUCUGCACCUGAACCUGUUGACCAGUCUGCACCUGGACCUGUUGACCAGUCUGCACCUGGACCUGUUGACCAGCUUGCAGCUGAACCUGUUGACCAGGCUGCACCUGGACCUGUUGACCAGGCUGCACCUGGACCUGUUGACCAGGCUGCACCUGGACCUGUUGACCGGGCUGCACCUGAACCUGUUGACCAGGCUGCACCUGAACCUGUUGACCAGCCUGCAGCUGAACCAGUUGACCAGCCUGAACCUGAACCUGUUGUCCAGGAGAUACCUGAACCCGCUGUCCAGGAGAUCCUCCCUGAGCCUGUCAUCCAGGCAGCGCCCGCCCAGGCUGAGGUCGAAGACGAGGUUCCUUCAGGUGCCCUGGAUGUCGAGGAAGAUACCCCAGUGCCCCAGUCCGCUGCCAAGGAAGAGAUGCCAUCUCCUGCAGAGAUGGUUUCCAUAGCCGACAGCACACCAGAAACAGUGCCCACUCCUCACCCUCCCACAGCAGAGGAGAGGGAGGACACCCCUCCUCCCCAGACAGUUACCCCCGCCCUUGUAGAAACUGCUAUGCAAGCUGCCGUGUCUGUGCCAAAGAAAAAGAGGAAGAUGAAGGAUCUGAACAAAAAGGAGGCAGUGGGAGACCUCCUGGAUGCCUUCACAGAGGAGCAGGUAGUGACCCCGCCGGAGCCUGAGCCAGCCCCAGCACCAGAGCCGCAGCCCCCUGUGGUCUCCCCUCUUGCCCCAGAGGAGGCGGACCUGACCUGGGAGGACAAGGAGGACAAGGAGGGCAAGCUGGAUGCUGAGAAUAUUAAGCCAGAUUCGAAUGCCACGGACAAGAAGUACCAGUACAAAGGAGAACAAUGGAAGCCGUUUAACCCAGAAGACAAGAAGCACUAUGACAGGGAGUUCCUCCUGGGCUUCCAGUUCAACUCGGCCAGCAUGAACAAGCCUGAGGGUCUACCAGCCAUCAGUGAUGUCGUCCUAGACAAGGCUAAUAAGGCUCCUCUGCGUCAACUUGACCCCAGCCGUCUACAAGGAAUGAACUGUGGUCCUGACUUCACACCCUCCUUUGCCAAUCUUGGCCGGCCUGGCAUGGGAGGAGGAAAUAGAGGACCACCUCCAGGUAUGGGAAUGGGAAUGGGUAUGGGUAUGGGUAUGGGAGUCGGAGGUCCUCGUCGCUCUCAGCAGAUCCAGAGGAAAGAGCCGAGGAGAAUCAACAUCACCAUGUCACUGCACGAUGACGUGCAACUGAACAAGGCAGAGAAGGCUUGGAAACCUUCAGUGAAGAAAGUGGCUCCCAACCGCCCAGUAGAGGAGUCCGUGGAGAGUGACGGAGAGCAGAGCAAGACCCAGGAGCUGUUUAAACGGGUCCGCAGCAUCCUCAACAAACUGACCCCGCAAAAGUUUCAACAGCUAAUGAAACAGGUGACUGAACUGACCAUUGACACCGAGGAGAGGUUGAAAGGAGUCAUAGAUCUCACCUUCGAAAAAGCCAUCUCCGAGCCAGACUUUUCAGUGGCCUACGCCAACAUGUGCCGCUGCCUUUUGGGGCUCAAAGUCCAAACCCCAGAUAAGCCGGGAAUGAAUUUCCGCAAGCUGCUUCUAAAUCGAUGCCAAAAGGAGUUCGAAAAGGACAAAGAUGACGAUGAAAUCUUUGAGAAGCAACAGAAGGAGAUUGAUGCUGCUGCAGCGGAGGAGGAGAAGACGCGACUCCUUGAGGAGCUAGGAGUUGCUAAAGACCAGGCCAGGAGGCGCUCACUGGGUAACAUCAAGUUCAUCGGCGAGCUGUUCAAGCUCAAAAUGCUCACGGAGGUCAUCAUGCACGACUGCAUUGUAAAGCUGCUCAAAAACCAUGAUGAGGAGUCGCUGGAGUGCCUGUGUAGACUGUUGUCCACCAUCGGCAAGGACCUAGACUUUGAGAAAGCCAAGCCUCGUAUGGACCAGUAUUUCCAUCAGAUGGAGAAAAUAAUAAAGGAAAAGAAGACGAGCUCUAGGAUCCGCUUCAUGUUGCAGGAUGUGCUGGACCUUCGACGGAACAACUGGGUGCCCCGGCGAGGCGACCAGGGCCCCAAGACCAUAGACCAGAUCCACAAAGAGGCCGAGCAGGAGGAGCACAGGGAGCAGAUGAAGGUGCAGCAGCUCAUAUCCAAAAAGGACAUGGGUGGAGGUCCAGGAGGCAGGAUGGGCGGGGGAGGCCCCGGGGGACGUGGGGGCCCUCACAACCAGGGCCGUGGUCCUAACCCUCCCCAGGAUGAGGGCUGGAACACCGUACCCAUCUCAAAGAACCGACCUAUUGACACAUCUCGCAUUAGCAAAAUCACAAAGACUCCUGUUCUUGACUUCAACAAUCAGUUGCUUGCCCCGGGAGGUAAAGGCACAUGGGGGACCUGGGGUAAAGGCAGCAGUGGUGGCUCCAUUGCCAAACCUGCAGAAUCUGGCCCGGAGCCAGGAGGCCGUCCAGCUACCAGCACUCUGAACAGGUUCUCAGCCCUGCAGCAGCCGUUGUCCUCAGGCUCUUCACAGGAUUCAGACAGACGAGUUCCUCAGAGAAACAGCUCGAGUCGAGAGCGAUUCGACCGCAACGACCGUGGCGGCGACCGCUUUGACAGACGGGACGACCGACGGGAUGACAGACGAGACGACCGCGAUCGCAACCGGCUGCAGGUCACCAAGCGCAGCUUCAGUCGGGAGAACGAAGAGCGUAGCCGCGAGAGAGAGCAUCGCGGGUCGGCAGAUCCCGUCCGCCGAGUAGCGAGUAUGACAGAUGACAGAGACCGAGGCAGCAGAGAGAGAGCCAGGAGCAAAGAGCUUGUGAAGCGGGAGACAGCUGCCACCCCUCCCCCUGCCCCUCCCGAGACCCCCACCAAACCUGCCUUGACGGAGGAAGAGCUGGAAAAGAAGUCCACAGCCAUCAUCGAGGAGUACCUGCAUAUCAAUGACAUGAAGGAGGCACUGCAGUGCGUGCGGGAGAUGAACAGCACUCAGCUUCUCUUCGUUUUUGUACGAAACGGGCUGGAGUCGACGCUGGAGCGCAGCGCCAUUGCCAGGGAACACACGGGCCUGCUGCUGCACCAGCUCAUAAAGACCGGCCUCCUCCCAACACAGCAGUACUACAAAGGGCUUCAGGAAAUCCUGGAGGUGGCUGAAGACAUGGCGAUAGACAUCCCCCACAUGUGGCUGUACCUGGCAGAGCUCAUCACUCCCAUGCUCCACGAGGACGGUAUCCCCAUGGGAGAACUUUUCAGGGAGAUUUCAAAGCCUUUGAUCCCUCUGGGAAAAGCUGGAGUCCUGCUGGUCCAGAUCCUCACUUCACUCUGCAAAGGAAUGAGCCAUAAAAAGGCCGGGACAAUGUGGAGGGAGGCAGGCCUCCUGUGGAAAGACUUCCUACCCGAGGAUGAAGACGUCAACAAGUUUGUGACAGAACAGAAUGUGGAGUUCACGCUGGGUGACGACUCGGAGACAAGCAAAAAGGAGCUGAGCUCUCAAGAGCUGAGCACACAGCUGGACAGACUGAUCAAGGAGAAGGCCGACAACCAGAGGAUCUUUGAUUGGACUGAGGCCAACCUAGAUGAGCAGCAGACCUCCUCCAACAUGUUCAUCAGAGCUCUGAUGACAGCCGUCUGCCAGUCAGCAAUCAUCAGUGAGAAUCCCCACAAGGUGGACAGUGAGCAGUUCAAGAAGAGAGCAAAGGUGCUGCAGAAAUACCUGAAGGAUGAGCAGAAGGAGCUGCAGGCUCUCUACGCCCUGCAGGCCCUGAUGGUGCAGAUGGAGCAACCUGCCAAUCUUCUACGGAUGUUCUUUGACAGUCUUUACGACGAGGACGUGAUCAAAGAGGAGGCCUUCUACAAGUGGGAGUCGAGCAAAGACCCCGCUGAGCAGCAGGGCAAGGGCGUGGCCCUCAAGUCCGUAACCGCCUUCUUCACUUGGCUCCGCGAGGCCGAGGACGAGGACGAGUCCGACCACAGUUAGGCCCCUGGCUGCCAGGAGGACCGCUGGGAGCUCAGAGAGGAUCCUUGGAUCUGAAUCAGCAAAAUCCUUCUGCUUAAACAGAAAAAAAGCAAGAAAAUGUCUUUUCUUCAACUGGGAGAGAUUGUGUUAUGGAUCGAACGUUCGAUCAUCUUAUUUUUUCGUUUAAUUUCUUUGGGGGUUUUUUGCGCAACCGAAUGUCUUUUUUGAAAUAUAUGAGAAUACAGGAUUAAUUAGAGAGAAUAGAGGAUGAUGAGAAGAUACGAGCCGUGGGAGAAGAUGCUGUUUCUUUCAGUAUUUUUUUUUUUUUUUUUAGGUUAAUCCCUUUUCAAAUGGCUUCUCCUCACCACGGCAAAACACUAUUCAAGACACUUUGCUUAAUGACAUAUAUAAAAAAAACUUUAAGAGGCUGUUCACAUCUAUAUUUUUGAUGACUUCAUUCUUUAUUGUGGAGACAUGACACAGCUGCAUUGUCAUGUCACAUGUUACGGUAUUUGAUCUACAUGAUGCGCUUAUGUAGACGGUUAGCUUUGUGUUAACUUUUUUUUUCUUUCCAGUGUUGGAUGAUUGGAUUGUGUGUUUUAUAAUAAAAUAGAAAACUACAAAGAGAAGUGGCGAGAUUUGUCUAGCAGACAUUUCAGACAGGAGCUAACGGUUGUGGACUUCACGGACUUCAAACUUCACGGGGGUGGUGUCACUGAGGAGAGGGCCAAUGAACAUUGACCAUUUUGCUGCUCGGGGGGGCGGCGAUGCUUCCGUGAUGCCCCUCAACCCCAACCCCCCAAAAAACCCACCUACCCUCGCCACUGCGUGUCUGUUUUACUUGUUUCCUGCGCAGCAAACUGUGGACUGACAAAGGGAGAGCGAGAGCAAGGGCUCAUGGCUGCACCCUCCUACAAAGCCUGUUGUUGGAUUUUAACAAGACAAAAUAUCAUUGUUAAAACUUGGGGGAAAUGUAUACACACAAAAAAAAAACAUCCACAUUAAUGAAAAAGUAGAGUUUAACAGUACGAAUCCUAAGGCCUUUUCUGCUUCCAUGAGUGAGAAAUGCAUUUCAGGAGCGUUCUGUAAAUAUAUGAUGGAUUGUUUUUUGUUUUUGUUUUUUUGGGGUUUCGUUUUUUCAAAGAAAAAAAAUGCUUAUGUAAUUUCCCCCCAGCUCUGAAACAAAGUGGCAGUUUCUCCCCUGUAUUUAUAUUUUUCUCUCCUCAGCUGGCAGAAGGUGCUUGUAAUUAUCCACCCCAAGUCAUUGAUUACAAUUUAAUUGAAAAUUUGUAAAUACUUUUUUGCUUUUCUUUAUUAAAAAAAAAAGAUAUUUAAUUAAAGAAAAAGGAAUGCCUCUUUUCACAUCCAAAACUGGAAGAGAUAAUGAAGAUCGUUGCAAAUAAAAUAGAAAUAAAAAAUAAAAAAACUCC